AUGACGAUGCCGACAACCAUCGAAGUUGGUUGUGCGGUAAAUAACUGUUCCGUUUUUACACUGCUUGUGUGCGCCUACAAAAGAUGUCAAACGAAGGGCCGGCUGAGGGCUAAAGUCUAUGAUCCUGGUGAAGCUUGCAAAGUGGAUGAUGAAUGUACAGCAUAUCCGUAUUCCACAUGCAUUCCUGACGGCCUCUGUGCCAUCGAUGCCUAUGAAAAACGCACCGUUGAUAAUUGUCUGAACAAAGAUUAA